GCCGUCCGCCUGUGCGCCGCUCUCUGUGUUAUCAGCGCCGCACCGCUGCCGUCGGGGGCUGGUACGGCCCGCAGUCCGGCGCGUGGUGUUGUGAGUGGAGCUCCGUCAGUGGGGUGCUCACUCUCAGCUGGACGGCUGGACGGCUACAGAGCCGCGCCGGGCGGCAGUGGGCUUCGAGUCAGUGCUCAGUGUCGGUAGCUGAAGCGCCUGCUAUCGCCGAGUGAAUCAGUCAGGGGUCUGUCUGAGGUGCCCACUGCCCAGCUGCCGCCGGCAGUCGGCGGUCAGACACAGCUGUCACCGGAUCGGGCCAGUUUGUCACCCGACCGCACUCCGUCGGCCGACAGUGCCGACAGUCGAGCCGCCCGUGGUGACCCGCCGCCGAGCCGCGGCCCGAUGGUGGCCACCGAUGCCGCCGCCGUGCCCGACUAUGGCACCCUGCGACCUGCCGCGGCCGCCGGAGAUGACGGCACCAAGCGACUGCUCUCCGGCUCAGCACGGUACGUGCCUCUGCUGAAUGACGGCCGGUCGCUGGACCACUGUGCCGUCAUCAACAAGGGUACUGACGAGGAGCUGACGGCGCGCGGGUUCCGGCUGUCGGCGGCGCGCGCGGCGCUCUGCUGGCUGGCCACCCUGCUGCUGGCACUGGCGCCGCUGCUGCUGGCCUACUGGCGGCCCGACUGGAGACUGCGGCUGACCCACCGGCGCUGCCCGCUGCGCGACGCCACCGCCGUGCUGCUCAAGGACGCGCACGGGCGUGUCACCGUGGAGUCGGUGGUCAGGGAGACGGCCGGGCCUGCCACGCCCGAGCGGUUCCGUAUUGUCGACACUGAGGAGAGCGAGUCGGGCUCCGAGGGGCCGGCCGACAACACCGACAACAGUCCGCUGCUGCCGCUGAGACAGCGCGAACAGGUGGAACGGCCGUUAGCGGGUCUGCCGACCGACUCCGGUCAGCCCGAGGGCUACCUACGCUACUUCUGGGCCUACCACCUCAAGUACACGUGGGACCACCUGUCGGGCCGGUUCGUCCAGCUGAGCGGUCUCGACCGAGAUGUGACCGUGCACGAGCUGCUGGAGCAGAGCCGCGGCUUCUCGGAGGACCAGCGGGACGCUAGGCUGUCGCUGUACGGUGCGAACCUGAUCACGGUCGAGGUGAAGUCGUACCUGAAGCUGCUGGUCGAGGAGGCGCUCAACCCGUUCUACAUGUUCCAGGUCGCCAGUCUGACUCUGUGGUCCAUGGACAACUACGUCAUCUACGCAGCCUGCAUCUUCACCAUAUCGGUCAUCUCCAUCGGAGUCUCACUGUUCGAGACGCGGAAGCAAAGUGAGACCCUGCGGGACAUGGUGCUGGCCUCUGCCGUCGGUACCGUCAUGGUGCGACGAGACGACGGAGAGACGGUGGAGGUGUGCUCGGAGCGGCUGGUGCCCGGCGACGUCCUGGUGCUGCCGGAGAGCGGCUGCAGCAUGGCCUGUGACGCCGUCCUGGUCACCGGAUCCUGCAUUGUCAACGAGUCCAUGCUCACAGGGGAGAGUGUACCGGUGACCAAGACGCAGCUAACGCAGCACGAGGAGGGCGAGCUUUUCUCGCCCGAGAGCCACCGGCGACACACGCUGUUCUGCGGAACAAAGGUCAUCCAGACGCGCUACUACGGCAAUACUCCGGUUCUCGCCGUGGUGAUUCGAACCGGCUUCAGCACCGCCAAGGGGGAGCUGAUUCGCUCCAUCCUCUUCCCCAAGCCGAUGGGCUUCAAGUUCUACAAGGACUCGAUGAAGUUCAUGGGCUUCAUGUUCAUGCUGUCGCUGAUCGGCAUGGUGUACACUGUGUACAUGUACAUCAGCAGAGGGAACUCGCCACAGGUGACGGUGCUGCGCGCGCUGGACAUCAUCACCAUCGUGGUGCCUCCCGCCCUGCCGGCCGCCAUGACGGUCGGCACUGUGUACGCCCAGAACAGACUCAAGGUGGCCAGCAUCUUCUGCAUCUCGCCGCCGCGCAUCAACGUCUGCGGCAAGCUGAAGCUGUUCUGCUUCGACAAGACGGGCACGCUGACUGAGGACGGCCUGAGUAUGUGGGGCGUGGUGCCCUGCGCGCCGGCCGGCUUCUCGCCCCCGGAGCGCGACGUCCGCGCGCUGAGCGACUCCAGCGAGCUGAAGGUGGCGCUGGCCUCCUGCCACGGCCUGACCCGGCUGGCUGGCCAGCUGAUCGGCGAUCCGCUCGACAUCCAGAUGUUCGAGGCCACAGAUUGGGAGCUGGAGGAGCCCGUCGAGACGGACGCCACCAAGUUUGACCUGCUGGCGCCGACGGUGGUGCGCCCGCGGCGGGCGCUGGCCGCCGGGGCGCCCCAGCCGGCGCCCGACGAGCUGCUGCUCGACCAGAUGCCGCCCGAGGUGGGCAUCGUGCGCCAGUUCCCCUUCUCCAGCAGCUCGCAGCGGAUGAGCGUCAUCUGCCGGACGCUGGGCCGCCGGCACAUGGACCUCUACUGCAAGGGCGCGCCCGAGAAGGUCGAGGGUCUGUGCCGGCCCGAGUCGGUUCCUGCCGACUUCCACACGGUGCUGCACCAGUACACGGUGAAGGGGUACCGUGUGCUGGCGCUGGCCUAUCGACGGCUGGACGCCAAGCUGCACUGGCAUCAGGCGCAGCGGCUAAAGCGCGACCAGGUGGAGUGUGACAUGGAGCUGACGGGCCUGCUGGUGAUGCAGAACAGCCUGAAGCCGCAGACGACGCCGGUAAUCGAGACGCUGCAGAGGGCCAGCGUGCGCUCCGUCAUGGUCACGGGCGAUAACCUGCUGACGGCCGUGAGUGUGGCCCGAGAGUGCGGUAUGAUUCCGCCCGAGGCGGCCGCUGUGGUGGUCACCGCGCACCCGCCGACUGGCGAGCGGCCCGCUUACUUGGAGUACACCACGGCGGCGGCAGAUGUCGCCCCGGUGCACUCCGCUGACGACGAGGUCUCUGUACCGCUGUGGACCGGCGCCGGCAGCUACCGACUGGCCGUGACGGGCCGGUCGUGGCGCGUGCUGCAGCAGCACUUUCCGCGCCUGAUGGCCAGGAUAGUGGUCCAGGGCACCGUGUUCGCGCGAAUGGCGCCCGAACAGAAGGCUCAGCUGGUGGAGACGCUGCAGGACCAGGGCUACACGGUCGGUAUGUGUGGCGACGGCGCCAACGACUGCGAGGCGCUGAAGGCGGCCCACGUGGGCAUCUCGCUGUCGGAGGCCGAGGCCUCCGUGGCGGCACCGUUCACCUCCAAGGUGGCCGACAUCACGUGCGUGCCGACCGUGAUGCGAGGCCGGUGCGCCCUCACCACCAGUUUCGGCACGUUCCAGUACAUGGCGCUCUACAGUCUGGUGCAGUUUGUAUCGGUGCUGCUGCUGUACAAACACUACAGCAACCUGGGCGACCUGCAGUUCCUCUACAUCGACCUGGUCAUCACCACCAGCGUAGCCGUGCUGAUGGGCUACACGGCGCCGGCGUCGCGGCUGCACCGGCGCCGACCGGCCGGCAGCCUGCUCGGCGCCGGCACCCUGUGCUCCAUACUGACACAGAUGGGUCUGGCGGCCGGCGCCCAGCUGGCCGCCAUGUAUCUGCUGGAGCGGCAGCCGUGGUUCAAGCCGGUGCCGCCGACGGGCGCCAGCCGCGACGUCACCGUCGUCUGCUGGGAGAACACGGUGGUGUUCUUCGUCAGCUCCUACCAGUACCUGAUCCUGGCGACCGCCUUCAGCAAGGGCCGCCCUUCAGGCGGCCGUUCUACACCAACCGCCUGUUCCUGGGGCGCGCUGCUGCUGUCGGCACUGCAGACCACCCUGGUGCUGUGGCCCGAGCGGCAUCUGGUCUCCUGGUUCGGCCUGGCGCCGCCGCGGCCCGAGGACAGGACGCUGCGCUACAGUCUGCUGGCCGUCACCGCCGGCCACUGCGUCCUGGCGCUGUCACUGGAGAAGUUCGUGUUCGGCGCCGAGUGGUUCAAACGGGUCACCCGGCCGUGCGGCUGCAAGAAGGGCCCCAAGAACCGCUACAAGCUGGUCCUGCAGGAGGUGGAGGCCGACCCGACCUGGCCGCCGCUGGGCCACAAGGUGCCGGCAGAGGACGCCCCCAGCUGACGUCCGCUCGGUGGGGCCCGCUCGCCGCGGACCGGCCCCGCCCGCGCUGUGCUCGGGCGGCUCGCCGCGGUGUGCGGCGGCACGCGCCACGCCGCCCCCUCAGGGAUCUGGGCGGACGAGCGCGCGAGUCAGAGCCGCGCGGGACCCCGGCGGGGCGGCGGCAGCGCUACUAGCGUGUUUUAUCGACCAGGGAGAAGUGUUUUAUGGAAGGCUGUUUCAUUUGGGGUGCGCCGCCAUACGGGUGUUCACUUCUUUGUGACGUUUAGGGCUGUUCAUGCGGUGUACGCGACCAAGUUUUCGUUUUAAUUUAGUUAUCUCGCUUCUGCCAUUUUCCCUAUCGUCAGACUUAUAUCAUCUUCGUUUUGCCGGUUUCCUCACGAACUUUUAUCGACGUGCGUCCGCCGCGCUACUGCGAUUGUUUUAAUCUUGCCAUCCAUUAGUUUAUUUUGGUUAGCCACGACUCUGUGCAAUGUAAGCAGAGAUGCAAUAGUCGGGUGCUUACGACGGGCUGUGUUCUGGCAUCGUGCCCCACUCAGACCGCACCACAGGGCGGACCGCCGCCAGACAUCUCACAAAGGUAUUUUACUGUUGGGUUUAUUCUCAGCACUUAUACUGAAUAUUAUACGUCCGUAUGUA